AUGUCGGAGUCAGAGCCUGGUAGGAAGUGGGACUGGCGCCUGGUGGAUGUGGUGAAGAUAGGUAUGGGCUUUGGAUCAGGAAUGGGACUGGGAAUGGCCUACUCCAACUGUCAGCACGAUCUCCAGGCUCCGUAUGUUCUGCAUGGAAAAUACGUCAAAGAGCAGGAGCAGUGA